CAGGGGAGGAGCGGUCCGAGCCCCCGCCGUGCGAGGCGCCGCCGCAGCUCCGCCGCCCCGCGCCGCUUCCCUCGUGCGGUGCGGGCUGCGAUGCCUCCUCCGCCCACCGCGCCCGCGGAGAUCGGACUGUUACGCCUUGCACGUGAUUCACCUGCCCGCAAACAUCAGGCCUUUGUCACACUGCUCUGGGCUGCUGACGCAGGUUUGGCUCGUGAUGCUCUCCGUCCCACAGGUUCUGGUUUGCAGAAGUGCUGCCACGUCAGUACUUCCCUGGCCUGCAGCUGCACGGACGCUGGUACCUGUGUGCGUGUAGAACCUUGUGUUUGUCAUCACUGUGCUACUCUGCUCUAUUUCUGGCUGCUUUUCCUGUUUGUCAGACUAAUAGUGAGGCAGAUCUGUGUCCUGCAGCCUCUCUGAGCCACAUGACUUAGUUACUUGGAAGCACGCAUGUGGCUUUGUUACUGUGGUCCAUUUGUGUGUGGGGGACGAAGCUAGGAGAAGCAUUGGUGCACUUCUGCAGACACGCAGACACUGCUGAGGGCCUUCCUAGCAGUGGGGAGCAGCUAUCACCACCGGUAGUGCUUCCAUUUAACCCGCCUGCAUGGCUUUGCAUAGGAAAAAUGGGUGUCAGAGGCCAGCAGAGCCAGGGUCUGUGGCAUCUCCCUUUUCCCCUCGCAGGUUCAGGCAGGUGAUGCUGUCUGGGCCAUCUGAGGAGUGAGGAGCCUGCAAGUGACUGACCGGCCACAGCCUGGUCAGAGUGCACUGUGGGCCACCAAAGUAUGCUCAAAGCUCAGUAACAUGGCAUGCAGGCAGCUGCAGAAUGCAAGGAGCGCUCAAAACAUGUGAAGAUUCAGGCCCUGGGACAGGCAUGUUGCUGCUCAUAACCAGAAUGCUCAUCAAUAAAAUCUGCAUCAGGGCAGACAAUUAUACUGCAGGAAAGCCAGCUCAGUGCUGCCAGGCUGGGUUAUUUGAGCAAGAAGCAACUACCGGGGCUGGCUGGACACAGGCCAUGCUUGCUCAACUUCUGCACAAACCUGUGCUGCAGGAACGGGCUGGGCUCCAGGUUGGCCCCUAGGCUGGGCGGACUGUGGUGGCCAGGCACAGCUCCGGGCUGGGAGCUUCUUUUCCCAGGUAACAGCAAUAGGACAAGAAGUGAUGGCCCUAAGUUGCACCAGGGGAGGUUCGGGUUUGGACCUGGAUGUCUUGGAGGGCUUCUCCAACCUCAGUGAUUCUGUGAUUGUAUGACUUUAUACUGCAGGGCUGCUCUCCGGGCUCUGUCGGGUGUGUGAUCUGCCGGCUGCAUUCCCGCAGCCCCGGCCCGGCUCUGUUAGGGAUGGUGCUGCUCCCAGUCCGGCCCCUCGCACCCUCAGCAUCCAGAGAGGCUGCUGGCGGGAUCAGCCACGGGGACGCAGCAGGUGAAGGCGCAGGCAGCAGCCACGGCGGAGCAUCGGCCCGAAGGCCCUCGUGGAGCCCCACAGAGCCGGCGCUCUGCAAGCACCGACACGCACACACACGCAUACACACACACACGUACACACACACACGUACACACACACGACCUCUCUCUCUCGCACACGCCCACCCACGCACACGCGGUCCACGCGCACUGCGCCUCUCGCCCCCCCGCGCGUCCCCGACACGUGCGCGCCCCGCCCCGCCCCGCCCCUCUGCCCGGGAGCGGCGGCGGAAGCGCUGCGAGCGGCGGCGCGGGAUGGAGCCGCCGGCCAAGGAGGGGCUGCUGUUCGUGCAGCACAGCAACAAGUUCGGCGCCAAGCGGUGGAAGCGGGGCUGGUUCGCGCUGUUCCCGGCCAGCCAGCACGGCGUCGCCCGCCUGGAGUUCUUCGAUUGCAAAGAGGCGGCGGGUCCGGCCGGGCGGUUGGGUACGCGGCGCCUGGACAAGACGGUGGUGCGCCUGGCGGACUGCACCAGCGUCACCCCCGCGCCCUCCGAGAGCGGCCCCCGGGCCGGCACCGCCGCCUUCCGCCUGGAGACCAGCGGCCGCAGCUACCUCCUGGCGGCCGAGCAGCAGCAGAGCGAGGAGUGGGUGGCCAAGCUGUGCGAGAUCGCCUUCCCGAGGAAUGGCCCCAGAAAUGCUGCUGUGGCACUCCAGUGUUGUGGAGAGGGCAGCGGGGAGGCACCAGUCCUGGAGAUGGCCGUGAACUCUAUCUACUAUUCGAGAGAUGAAGUGAAUGCCUUCUGGGUGACAGUGCAGCGGACUGAGGCUGCGGAGCGGUGCGAGCUGCGCGGUUCCUACGUGCUCAAGGCUGAACGUGACAGCCUCAUCCUGAAGGACCCACGGACCAGUGAGAUCCUCUACGUCUGGCCCUACCGGCUACUCCGGAGAUACGGCCGGGACAAGGUGAUGUUCUCCUUUGAAGCUGGCAGGCGCUGUGAUUCUGGGCCAGGGAAUUUCACCUUUGAGACCAAGCAGGGCAAUGAGAUCUUCCGCUUGGUGGAAGCCUCCAUCCGGGAACAGAAAGCUCAGGUGGAGGAGAACCAGCAGAGCUGUGACUCGUUAGAAUCUGACAGCCCCAGUGUGGUGCUGAUCCACCAGGCCCUGGCUGACACGCUGAGCCUGGAGCAGCCCGCAGAAGGGGAUGAUGCUGCAGCACCCAAGGCAGGCCUGGCACCCCGGCCUUCUGCUGCAGCAGAGGAGAGAGAUGCUAUAUCACUGUUGAAGACACGGAUGCUGCCAGAGCCACCUGUGCUGCAGGCCAAGCCCCCCAUCAGCAGCACCCCUCCACGCUCCCCUCUGCCCAAGGCACCACGGGCCGUCCUGCCAGACAAGGAUCCCUCCAGCCUCUACUCAGAGCCUCUGGACUCCUUGAAGAGCUUCCGACCCAGGCUGGACCCGCUAUACGCAGACCCCAUUGACAGCAAGGCCACGGGGGCUGCGGAUGGGGUGAAGCUCCGGGUGCCAUUCCCUACCUGUGAGCAGCUACGUGCCGAGAGCUGCGGCCCGCUGCGGAAGGAGCACAUCUACGACGAGCCCGAGGGCUGCGCGCCCCGCGUGCUGCCCGCCGCUGCCAGCAUCUACGACGAGGCUCGGCCCAUAGGUGAGGCCUGGCGCACGCAGGGCCACGAUGGCAAGAGUGGCUAUGAGUACCCCUACAGCCCCAGUACUGAUGACUAUUCAGUUCCUGCCUUCAAGGCCAAGGGCCCCAAGCCAGUGCCUGCUCCCAAGCCUCCGGCAACGUUCAUCUCCAAAUGUGCCGAAAGAAGUGAGGACCCUGGCAGGCGGCGAGGGAACCUUGCUACUGAGAAGGCGGCCGUCAAACCUGGCCUGAACAGCAGCAACAACAACAACACGGAGCUGCUGUACUGCCGGGUGAUGAAGCCCCAGCUUGGGCAGAGGAAGGAACAGUGUGUGGAUGAGUGUAGCUUGUCUCCUGUCUAUGAGGACCUAGGAGAGAUAUAACGUGCUGCUGCUCUGCACCUGCCUGGGUGCUUUGGGGCCCAAACUCAACAAGGAGUGGCACAGGCGGCUGUACUCCAUGGCCCGGCAUGGGGCUGGGGCUGUGUGGGAUGGGGCAGAGCCCCUCCUAUUCGUCAGCUCUGAGGGGCUUUGUCUCCUUGGGGCUGUCCCACACUCCCAGGGUCAGAGUGCACUGGUGCCAGUGCUGCUCGGCUCCAGAGCCAGCCUCACUGACACCUGGUGGGGCAGGAGGGUAGGCUCUGCACUGCGCCUGCUGCUUUGACUCCAGAGGCUCUGGCUGUGCUAUGCCUUCUUCUCUGGGCGAGCCAUGGGGCUCAGAUGCUCACUGCAGUGCCUGGGGGGCUGCUUGCCAUCAGUCUCCAAAAGUAUUUUUAUACAAAAUUAUUUUGAUAUUAAAAUUUGUAUGUCUUAUGAUGAA